AUGGUGGGAAUGCUCGGCUGGUUUUGGCUGUGUGCGUUCAGGUUCCGGGGUAAGGCUGCGUUCGGAGCCCUGGGCUUGGUUCCUUUCCCAGUUACGCUUCAGGAUGCGGUAGUCUUGACGACACUGGCGCGGAGGAGCUCCACCUCGGCUUGGAGAUUGACCUCCGCCGACGGUCCCCUCUGGGAGGUACCCUCCUGGGGGGUACUGUGCUGGGCAUCUCGGCUACCCUCAGUAGGCAUGGCUGAGUGUGGAGUGAAGAAGAGGCGACGGGGCCGGAUAGGUGAAGGAGCCAGCUGGGCUGGUAGAGAAAAAUGGGUUUUAAGUGUUAGAUUCCCACAGACGGCGCCAAACUGUUGA